CACCCCACGCGCGCUCAUCCUCGCGGCCCGCGAACCCGCCACCGCCGCCCUCGCAGCCGCUCCGAAACGCGUCUGCACCAUGUCUUCGCCUCCCGAGGGGAAGCUAGAGACGAAAGCUGGACACCCGCCCGCUGUGAAAGCUGGUGGCAUGCGAAUCGUGCAGAAGCACCCCCAUACUGGAGACACCAAAGAAGAGAAAGACAAGGACGAGGAAGAGUGGGAGAGCCCCAGCCCGCCUAAACCCACCGUGUUCAUCUCCGGUGUCAUCGCCCGGGGCGACAAAGACUUUCCCCCGGCGGCUGCCCAGGUGGCUCACCAGAAGCCCCAUGCCUCCAUAGACAAGCAUUCGUCCCCAAGAACCCAGAACAUCCAGCAGCCUCGCAAGUGACCGGCGAGGACCCGCCCUCCCCAGCAGUGCCUGGGUCCCGACACUCGGCAUUUCCCCAGCAAAGAGAACUGCAUUUUCUUCAAAACACUUUUCCCUUCCUUUGUCUUACAUUUCCAUGUCAAAGCUAAAACAGACCCCAAGCCUUGUUCCGGGGAGUCCUGUUUGGUGCCUGGGGGUCACUGCCAUCCGCAGAAGUGGCCGAGCCCUGAGCAGAGUGCAGCUGCUCCCAGUUUAGCUUUAGAUCUAUUUCAGCACCUGCCUGAUUCCCGCCUGUGGUCUAAAAACAAGAGGGCGCACAUGAGGGAGGGCUGGAUUAGGGUUAGGAGGAGAGCUCAAUCAUUUCAUGCUUUUUAGUACUUGGACAAUAAAUACAAUCUUAAUACCUAAGGGAGCAUAAGAAGAGGGUAUUAGUUACAGGGGUGGGUUUCAGAAAGCCAGAGCGAAGAAGACUUAAAACUAACCACAGGGACCGUGAGUGUCACUCCUUGUGUGACGAGGGGUCCCUGUGCAGGGUGACGCCAGGCAGUCCCAGGAGGACCAAAGAAAACCUUUUAUCUUUGAAGUGGCUUUUAUUCCAGGAGUCAUGUUGCUGAAAAAUUAGAGAGGUAGUUUGCCCAAAAGUAGUGCUUCUGGGAUGAGAUCGCAGGGUGGGUCCCGAGCCCAGCGCUGCCGCGCCAUCAAGACAGGCUUCACCUGCGUGUCUCCUCACUCACCGCUGGAGGUUUGUUUUAGUUCUGGAAGUGAUCCCUGACCAAGUGGAGUAACAGCCGUGUAGCCAGCUCUGGACCACUGUAGCAAGAGUGUAGAAUGCAUACAGACAGAAUUGAAUGCGGGGACCAGACCAAAACCUGCCUUUGUCUCUUUAGCAAGAGAUGGAAACACCACAUUCCCGUUGAGCUAGAAAAACCUGUUUGUCAGUCAGUCAACUGCCCCGAACUCCUUUGCCGGGUGCACGUUGGCCUGGGCCACGUGCAUGUGGGCGGGCGGAGGGGCCCUCUGCACGCCUUCCUGCCCAGAGCCUCGACUGCCCUCUGCUCAUAGCUGUGGAGGGCCCCGCUUUUCUGAAAAGCUAAAGGGCACCCUCACUCAUGUUCAGAUCUUCCCGAGUGGAUGCUGCAGGAGAGGGUGCGGCCCGACCGCCCUGCACCCACAGUGGCGACUGCUGCAGGCCGCGGUGUGCUGGGCAGCGCGCCCGCCACCAGCCUCGGGGCCAUUGUCCAGUCCACGGCUGCGGCUGGAGACGGCGCAGGCCCCGUCAGCGCCCUGCCCUGCCCUGAGGGACAAGCUGCCCUGCACUCUGAAGGCGGUGCUUGGGCUCCUACCCCGCGACUCGCGGAAGCUGGCGGCUAACCUUCAAGGUGCCGCGUCAUCACACCUGGUGGUCUUAAUCCCGAAGUGUUGGUGUACAGUGAGGCUGGCUUUUGGAAAGGCACCCUCGUGGGCUGCACUGUCGUGAGGCACACUGAGCAAGCGGCUCCCCGCCCCCCCAGAGUUGGCAUCCCAGAAGGGGCGCAGGGCAGGCAGCGCCCAGAGGCCUGUGCCAGCCGUUGCAACUCCACUGCAGAAAUUCGGGGGCGUUGCUGAUUCUGGGUUUUGCAGCCAGGAGCUCCGUGCCGUUUCCCAAGGUGCAUAUUUCACGCACUUGUAGCUGCAUCUGGCACGCAUCUGUGGGCUCGGGGUCACUGACAGCACAGCGUUUUCCUGAGUGAGUUUAUCAAUUGUUAAUUUCAAGAAUAAUACUGAUUAUAAUAAAGCCACUGCAUUUCUUCUCA